AUGUCUUCAAAUCAGAUCGAUGAUGUCUCACAUAUUGAAAAACUGAGCGGUGUUGACAAUUUCCAUGUAUGGAAAUUACAAAUAGACAUCGUUUUUCAAUCUGCCGGUAUCGAUGACUUUGCCUUGGGAACGAUAAAACAGGAGAAUUUGAGUGAUGAAAAGGACAAAAAAGAGUUCAUAAAAAAGGAUGCUCGUGCUAAAAAAGCGAUAAUAACCUCAGUUAAACUAAAAACAAAAUUCGACAUCACCUUCGAAAAAGAGCCUAAAAUCUACCUUGGAAUGGAACUUGAAAAUGAUAAAGAAAACCUGGUUCUUCAUCAAACUAAAUAUGUCGACAAAAUUCUUAAAGAAUUUAAUAUGGAAACUGCUAAAAGCGUCAGAACUCCUUCAACUCCAGGAUCCAUUGCUAGCCUGACACCUGACAGAAAGUAUCCAUAUCGAGUAGAUGAAGGUGACAGAAUGUCUCGCAACAAAGACAAGCAUGAGGGCGCUAGCGGGCGCACUUACCACAUCAUGUCGGAAGCCGAGCGGGCGUCCGGCCGCCGCGGGGGUUGGACCACGCUUGAGGUAACAGGAGGUGUGCGCGCCCUAGCGCCACAAAUGUUCCAGCUGACGCAUCUCACAGCACUUUACCUCAACGACAACUCACUGCAGCGUAUACCGCCCGACAUCAACCAGCUAGUCAAUUUACAUACGCUUGAUAUAUCGAACAAUAAGCUGCGAUCACUGCCUGCUGAGCUUGGGGACCUAAUACAAUUAAGAGAACUUCAUCUACACAACAAUUAUCUUCGAGUCCUGCCGUACGAGCUGGGCAAACUGUUUCACUUACAGCUGCUCGGGCUUCAGGGUAACCCUUUAUCUAAAGAAAUGCUCUCAAUAUACAACGACAACAAUGGAACUGCGAAGCUGUUGACGUAUAUGCUCGACAAUUUGCAAGGUAAGUGUUUUGUGCAAUCUUUACAUUGA